AAGGUGAUGCUUGCAUAUUAAAUAAUAAAUAUAUAGAUUGAAGGUGAUGCUUGCAUUAUAAGUAGAAGCUCCCACGUUAACAUAUGAUGACGCACGACAACUUCUGCCUUACUGGUUACCUUCUUAAAUCAAUACAGGCAUUUUGUUCAAUAAAAUUGUUUUUUUUUUUUUUUUGCUCUACUGAUUCCCACUUUGCAGCGUUCAUAUGUGUCAAAUUGCUAUGAUCAUCUGUGAAGAUGAAUAACAGAUCAAAAAGAAACUCACAGUCCAAGAGGAGUGCAUUCAGAGAUUCUAAGAAAAUGGUUGAUGUGCAAAUGCAAAUCAAGUUUGAGAAGACUAACACAAGCAAAGGAUGUUCUGGGAAAGAGAGAAAAAUGGCAUUGCAACAAGAUGUAGAAAAACUUAAAAAGCGGCUUACACAUGAAGAGAAUGUUCAUAGGGCUUUAGAACGGGCCUUGACCCGACCGUUAGGGGCUCUUCCUCGCCUUCCUCCUUAUCUCUCUCCAGUGACAUUGGAACUCCUAGCUGAAGUGGCUGUUUUGGAAGAAGAAGUUGUUAAGCUAGAAGAACAAGUGGUUCAGCUUAGACAAAAUCAUUAUGAAGAAGCUAUCUACAUGUCCUUCUUUAAGAAGAAUCUUGAAAAUUCAUCUGAUUUUCAAGAGAACCAUCCUACAAAAGAUUCAAAAAACACAAAUCCCACUACGAACAAUCAUAAUUUUCCAAAUCCAAAAAUCCAACUGGUUAAAAUGUUAUCAAAAAGAUCUCAAAUCGACCACACGGCAGCAGAAAAAUAUCUGGAUACACGAAAAUUACAGUUUGAAAAGGGAUUUUCAGGAGAUGGCGGCCCGAAUAAGAUUUCAGAAAGUAUCUUGAAAUGCUUAAUGUUUGUUUUUGCACGAAUGAGCUCAAACUCGGCCUUGAAAAUGACAGAAAUGCUACCUACAUUAGCAUCGUAUGAGAAUCCAUGGGCAAUGGAUUUUAAGGAUCCGUAUGAUAUCUUUUAUGAAUUUGAGAACACCGAUAUUGGUCCAUAUAAGUACUUGUAUGAAGUGGAAGCAACCACUAUCAACAAAAAUCGAACAACGAUCUCUGUGUUCUUAGAACAACGACUGAAGAUCCUACUAGAAAAACUUGCAUUGGUCAACUUAACAAGCCUCACACAUCAAGAGAAGCUUGCUUUCUGGAUUAAUAUAUAUAAUUCGUGCAUGAUGAAUGCGCUUCUUGAACAUGGAAUACCAGAGACACCUGAGAGAGUCGUUGAACUAAUGCAAGAGGCAAAAAUAAAUGUUGGGGGUCAUCUUUUAAAUGCAUUUAGCAUUGAGCAUUUCAUAUUGAGACUCCCCUGUCACACAAAAUAUACUUCGCCAAAGGGUUUCAAGAACGAUGAAUUAACCGCAAGAAGCAUAUUUGGGUUGGAUUUGUCUGAACCACUAGUAACAUUUGCAUUAUCAUGCGGAAGCUGGUCUUCUCCUGCUGUAAGAGUGUACACUGCUUCAGAAGUUGAAAAUGAACUUGAAGUUGCAAAAAAUGAGUAUUUACAGGCUGCAGUUGGGAUUUCAACCACAAAGCAACUGCUAAUGAUACCAAAACUGUUGGAUUGGUAUAAGUUUGAUUUUGCUAAAGACAUGGAGUCUUUUCUUCACUGGAUAUGCCUACAAUUGCCUAGUGAAGUUGGGAAAGUAGCAAUGAAGUGUCUUGAAAGAAAAACGAGUGAAACACUUUCAGAUCGUGUACGGGUUAGCCCUUAUGAGUUCCAUUUCCGGUACCUUUUAUGCAAAUAAUAAUUUUGGCAAUCAUUGUAUGAUCAAGUUGUAUAUGCUUUUUAUAGACAUUCUGGUAUACAAAUCUGUAUAGAAAAUAUAAAUCUGUAUAUGAUCCCAAUCAUCAAACUAAUUACAGGUGUUUUGUGACACAAUCAUAUGAAUUAAUUUUGGGUUAUAUAUCUUAAAACAUUAUUUUAAUUAAAUGUGACUUUCUUAGAGCAUUGGUUA